GAAGUAUUUCCGACAUGUUGUGAUGCGAUUUAUUUAAACAGUAUUAGAGGGCUGCGUUCCAAGAAGGCGGUCACGUGACUGAGUCAUGUGACAGAGGCGGGUUGUGAGGACACGAUGGAGAAGUGCUGAUGUUUAUAACUCGGGUAGAGAAGUUCAGGAUUUCCGCCAUGAUUCAAACACUUUUACACGCGUUUCUAGUUUCUUUCCUCGCCGCAGACGGAACGAUUUUACCGCUGGUGAUAAACACGUGGGGCUUCGAGAACGCAACCGUCACAGCGUGGUAUGCCCUGCAGGCAGGUGCAUCUCCUCUGGACGCCGUACAGAAAGGAUGUAGUGUGUGUGAAGAGGAGCAGUGUGACGGCAGCGUGGGUUACGGUGGACAUCCUGAUGAAACAGGAGAAACCACACUGGAUGCUCUCAUCAUGAACGGUGAUACGAUGGAGGUGGGAGCAGUGGGAGAUCUGAGGAGGGUGAAGAACGCAGUGGGCGUGGCCAGAGCCGUGAUGGAACACACACAGCACACCUUUUUAGUGGGAGAAUCAGCUUCAGCGUUUGCUCAGGACAUGGGCUUCAAAUCUGAAAGUUUGUCCACUAACGAUUCGAUGAAGACUUUCACACAGUGGCUGAGUCAGAAAUGUCAACCCAACUACAGGAAGAAUGUUUUUCCGGAUCCUUCUGGGACGUGUGGUCCGUACAAACCCCGAGCAGGAGUGAAGCCGAGGCAGAAGCGUGGAUUCCUGAACCUUCGCUCCCACGACACCAUCGGUAUGAUUGUGAUUGGACAAAGCGGUCAGCUGGCUGCUGCAACGUCUACCAACGGAGCGUCCUAUAAAGUUCCAGGCCGUGUCGGAGAUUCUCCAAUAGCAGGAGCCGGAGCGUAUGCAGACAGUUCAGUAGGGGGCGCUGCAGCGACAGGGGACGGUGACCUCAUGAUGCGUUUCCUGCCCAGUUUUUUAGCGGUGGAGUUGAUGAGGUCAGGAACCGAGCCCACCGCCGCCUGUCAAACCGCCAUCUACAGGAUCAAGAAACAUUACCCAGAAGCCUUUGGGGCAAUCAUCUGUGCCAACAACACGGGUGGAUUCGGUGCAGCAUGUAAUAAAAUCUCCGGCUUCACACAGUUUCCCUUCACCGUGUUUAAUCCACAGAGCAACAAAGCACAAGUACACAAAGUCGACUGUGUUUAACACUGAUUUUACACACACACACACACACACACACACACACACACACAAUUACAAAAUGUUAAUAUUUGAAUAUAAUUUUUUUUCAGACUGAGUGGAAAAUGUGUUUAUUUCAGGAAUAUAAAUGUAAAAAUGUUUCAGUGAAAUUUCAGUGAUUUUUCUAAACAAAGAGAAACAUUUUAUGAAUGAAGUUAAAAUCAGUUGAAUUUA